AUGAACGAGGCUGACGAAAUCGGAAAUUACUUACUCAGGUUCAAGAUGGCUACUGUGGCAAACGAUGCGGCGACUAUGUUAGCUGAAGCCUUACAGAAAAUGGAUGGUCUUAUUUCUGACGACCAACUUAUUAUGGAAAGCCUGAAGACCCAACCUCACGCUUGCUCGCCAAAAGAGAAAGUUGUUUCCUUGUUAGAGGAACUCAAAGGACUACUCGAAGAGAUUAAGGAUGAUGCAGUCGAGUGCACGAUCGAGAUUUCUGGUUCAACAAUCGCCUUUCUUACUGACUGGUUACAUUCUCCAAAGGUAUUUGGAUGUAAAUCACGGUAUUUCAUUUUUUCUUCGCUCUGGAUUUUAAGUGAAUCUUAAAUGAUCUAUUGUCUAGGUGACAUCCAACAGAGAUCUGCAAAAAACCGAACAGCAAACGAUGACGAGCGCUGAGAAACAUCUGUUGCAAAUCAGCAGACUACAGGAUGAAAAAGAAUCUUUGAUCUUGCAAGUAAGCGUACUAACAGAUCAAGUGGAAGCACAAGGUGAAAAAAUAAGAGAUCUUGAGUUUACUAAGGAGGAGCUGCAGAUAAAAUUAGAAGAGGCUGAACAAUUCCUCGAGAGUGUGAGUUCCUCUUUUUUUACUGUUGUUCGAAGUGAUUUUAUUCUUUUUAGAGACUUGACAUACUCACAAGUUCAUUGGCAACAUUUUUGGCACAUCCCUUUAUCCAUGUAUAAAUUAUUACUUUAUAACCAGUCCCUAACCAUAAAUAAACAUCUUUAAAUCUGGCUGGUAAGGUUUGGGUGAUAUGUUCCACUUUGUUCAGCACUAACAGAUACCCGUGCCAUAGAGCCAUUGAAAGUGAAAAUAAAAAUAUGUAAUUCAUAGUUAUCUUAGGUGCCUGAGCAAAUGAUGCUCAGACAAACUUAAUGUGAGUCAACUGUGGAGUCAGCUGAAGAGUUGUUUAAUUUGUCAGUUAGUUACACAUGUAGUUAUUUGUUCGUUAGUUGAAUUGACCAUCCCCAUUAUUGAUUCUUUAUUUCCAGGAGAUAAUUAAAACCACAAAUUUAUUAAAUGAAAAGUUACAGCUUGUGACAGAAAUCUCAUCUUUAAAAAAGGCUCCUCAUAGUACACCACAGACAGAAUCUAUAGGAUGCAAGGUACUUUAGCUCAUGUUGCUUCUGUUGAGUUUUUCCAUUGUUAGCUCUAAUCUAUUUUGCACUAUUGUAGUUGUGUGACUCAUUUCAAAUUUAACUCCUGGUAUGUAAGGGGUAGAAACAAGUUUUUAUGGUAACGCUAACGUGCAAAUAAGUCAUUUGCUUACUUACUCACACAAGUGUAGAAACUGUGGUCAAAAGGUGUCCUAAACUCUCGUAAACACACAUAUAGGGGAAUCAGGCUUAUUUAACAAUUAAAGAAGCCUUGACUGUGCUCUGUUUUGUUGUAAAGCAUGUAGGACACAGCUAGAACACAAAAGAAGUGUAAGGGGCAAAAAUGCGAGAUGUAGUGUAGUGUUUCUCCCUAUCUCUUGAACUGCUUCCUAAGUGCUUUACAACAGAACAGAGCACAGUCAAGUCUUCUUUAUUUGUUUUAUGAAUUUAAAGAAUCCGUCAAAUUCCCUAUGCAUUACUCACUAUUUUCAAAAUAGUAAGUAAUGCAAGGAUGGCAGUUGCUCUCACACUAUCAUGAUUUUUAUGAAUUUUAACAGUUUGCCAUUUUGGUUGUAUUUUUCAUCAUUCCUGGUUUGUUCUGUUUUGUUUUUGAACACAAAAUUAUAUAUACUAUGCGAGCAUUAGUUGUGUUUGAAUUUUAAUGGUAAAAAAGCUUUUAAUCCAAUUGAGCAUGAAAACUUUCAAAACUCAAACAGUCUAUUUCAUGUUCUCUUAUAGAAUUUCAAUUUUAGUUUCUUCCUGUGUCAUGAUAAUGUCAAUUACAGUACAUGGUAUGUUCACAAGCCUUUGUUUGGGUCUUCUGUUGCUACGAAUUGGCAGACAUUGUGACAGCAUUAGCUCAGCUCCUUGCUUUGUUAUCUGAUGGAAUAUAAUCUUUCAACCAAUGGCAGCAUGCAUUACAUCUAAACUUUAUUAUGAUACAGUUUAUACUUAGCACUGUUACCUUAAGUGCCACCUUUCAAGUGACCAAAAAAUAUUAACCCAAUACUGUCAAUUGUUUUGAUUGUUAGGGAUCUGAUAUAAAAUAUGAACUGUGGAAAGGAUUAAAGUUUAUUGGCUAAUUGGUUCAAUUCAGUUACCUUACAUGAACACUGGAGCUGGAUCAAUCAGUAAUACUGUAGCUGACAAAAAUUAUCUUGUCAGUGAAAUUCUAAUAGGAGAAAUCUUGUAAUAAAAACUUUUUUGCCACAUGCCUUUUAUUAUUAAUUUCAAUCAUUUAAAAAAACUUGCAAUCACAUAAAAUGCAUUCUGAGGUAUAUCAUGCAAAGGCAAAAAACUUUAAGGAUUGUUAUGUGGAAGAAAAUCUUUUAAACAAAGAUCAUCCUCUUACAAUGCAAUUGUUCAUUGAGUGACUGUGAGAUAAAUUGCAAAGAAAGAUUUGAAUCACAGUCUCCACAUUGGAUAAAUUUUGCAAACGGAAAUUUGAUAAAAACAGGAUAUUAUUUGUCUCAUUUUUGUAGAUCACCAGAGGUAUGCAUUUAUUAUUCCACAGAGUUGAAUGGUUACCAUCAUUCCAGCUUUCUGAGUGACUUUCUGAGUGGAAGCUUUCAAGCAAAGUCACCAAGUGACUGAUCAUCAGACAAAAUUUAAAAAAAAAUUUCAUUAUUCAUUUCCUUUGCAUUGCUAUUGUAAAGCCAUAGCCUGACAGUAUGGCCAUCUUUGUGAAAACACACAGUUAUAGACUGAAAUAUUUUUUAUGUUGGAUUCAUUCUCUGUAUUAAUUUUGCUGAGUGAUGCAUUUAUUUAACAUAAUUAACAGAUAGACAACUUCAUUUUACCUCCUAUUUGCAUUUGAAUAUUGAAAAGAUAAUACACAUGUGAAGAGAAACUUAAGGGCCCCCAUCAGUAACUAGUUCUGCCAUGGUACCAAACUAUGUAAAACCAACAAGAAAAUGUGUCACUCUAAAUUUUUGGCAAAUGUGCAAAACCAGGUUUUGAAAGUAUGUCAAAGUUUCUCCACUGCAUACCAAAGAGAUUGAUAGGAAUAAAAGGUAAUAAAAUUAAAGCACAGUCAGUAAAAGAAACAAUAUGCAUGUUGAAAUUGUAUUUGAUUAUGAUCAGUUUGUCAUUGACUUUCAAGGGGAUAGAACUUGGGUGUCUAAAAAACCAGAACCUAAGACCUGAGACCCAAGCCCUUGAAAAAUAGGUUCAGUUGAGCUUAUUUUAAUUUUCAAGGAAGACCAAGAGGCUCUUCUAGCUGAAAAAGAAAUGGAAAUUGAAAUGUUGAAAGACCACAUUGAAGUCCUUCUUGAUGAGCAGGAAAUAGCUAGCAGAUCACAUCACAGUGAAGGUAACAUUUGAAAUGAGUUUAUAAGUAGCUACAUCAAGGUGAACUUCUUAUUUUUUUAUGAUGAGGUUCUUCAUGGCAUGUGCAGACCUUUUUUUAUACAGUUAAACUUCUCCACAUUAGGGAUACUGUGGAGAUAAACCAAAGUGGCCAGAGGUUUAGGGAGGAAUUACUAACAUUGAUUUUGCCCAGAAAUGAUGUUGCUCAUGGGAUACUGCCCACGUAUAAUGUUACACUGAUCAAUUAUCAAAACAUUUCUAUUAAGUUGUUAAGCCACAUCCAAUUAAAUUUGGAAGGUUAGUUAAGAGUUGCGUUAAGAAAAAGCUUUCAAUGUUUAAAUUUUGCUUGGUGUCUGUCAGAAAUGAUUGUGUACACCCACUUAACAUUUAAGUGUUAAUAUUCAAAGCUAAAAAGUUUAUACAAGAAGGGACAAACACAUACAAUUAAUGCAGUUCUUGCAUAAGAGGUUAUGCAAUCCAUCUUUUCAAUAAAUUCAAAAUCGAGUCUUGUGCCCCACUGUCUUUAGUCUUCAGUCCACACACAAAUAUCACAACAGAAUAAAUUAAACAAAUUCUUUAUUUGUAAGUUUUACAAUUAUUUUAAACUAGUCACAUAUUCUCUGUUGAAAUUUUAUUUACAUUAUACAUCUUGAUGGGCAUUUGUUUGGUUAUAAGUUGUAAGUUGUCAUUGCAAGCUUUAAGUUGGGCUUGCAAGUUAUAAGGUGCGAUUGCAAGUUGUAAGCCCAGAUGACCAGUUACUUGAUCACCAGUUAGUUACUUGCAAUCACAAAAAUCAAAUGUCUUCUGUGGGGCACUGUGGGUGUGGACCAAAAAUUAACACAACAUGUCUAAAGACAGUACAUUUUGCAACACAAACUUUUUAUUGAUAGUCUGCAUUUUGACACUGGGAUUUUGUUUACAGUUUUGUUAGGGUGCUUUCAUAAGUUUUCUUCAGUAUUCAUGGUUUUCCUGUUUGACUUUUGAUUGAAAACUCAGAUUUUGUAUAAGAAUAUUAAAAAAUUAAGAGAUGGAACAUGUUAUCAUUUGCCAAUGCAUUGAUAAUCAGUACAGUUUAAAUAUUGAAAUAUAUGUGCAUUUGAAGGUCAAUGUUGCUUGUUGAACCAUUCAGUUCUUGCCUCAUAAGUUUUUUUUUCACAACAAGGCAACAAUGUUUGGGUGAUUCAUGAGGACUCAUUUCAAGAAGUAACUAAUCUUUCAAAUUAGUGUAAAAUCAAAGAAUGUAAGUCAGAAUAAUUUUUUAUUUAAUAUUUUGGUGUUGAAUGUGUGUUGAUCAUUCAUGGUUUGACUUGGCAUGGUCAGACAUGUUGUAUUUGUGUUGAUCAUGGUCUGACUUUUCAUUGUCAGACAUCUUGUAUAAAAUUUCUGUUUUAGAUGUCUCAGCCACAGAUAUUUUGGUUGGUUAAUAUAACCAUACAGAGGUUGUGUUGUAAAUGCUGAUUAACUAUAAUGAUCAAUGCAUUUUCUACUUGGGUAAUAUUAUGUGGGCCACUUCGUCCUUUGGCAAAAUCAAUAUAUGCCACAGGGAGGUUUCACUCUAAUGUAACAGCUUUUUUUUUUCUGAUGUUGGAACACUGAUUUGUUUCAAACCUCUUUUGUCAGCAUACAUGUUUUGGUAUGAAUGUAAAACAUAUUCAAACUACAUGUGUGUCAAAACAUAUGAAGCUUUAAGUCCAUUUCAACAAGAAAGUGUUAACAGAAUAUUUCCAAGUUAUUGACUCAAUGAUAUGAUAACCAUAUCAAUUAAUCCAAUGUGUGCUCUAAAUACAUGAACAUAUACCUGUGUUAGUGACACUUUUUGUCUCUGGGACAAAGUAAAGCUAUCAGUGUUGCCCUCCUGAGUGAGUUGUUGUGCACUGUGCAUACAGUAACUGUCUUAUUUCAGUGAUUAACAAGCUGCCUUUGAGAGUUUAACUGGUAGUUGGGACAUACUCUAGUGGCUGUGUUUAACACAUACCCCUACACAUACGUCAUGCUCUAUUGGGAUCAGUGGCUUUAGAGUUUUCCAAUCCCACAUCCUGCUGCUGUUUUUUAUUUCAUUCUGCCAUCCCACUGCAAUGAAACUUUCACAGUGAAACUGGAUGUACUACUGAGUCAUUUAGGCCUGACAUCCCCAAUUUAGACAGGAGCAUCAAUCAAGUCUGUUUCUAAAGCAUACAAACACCUUUUAAUGUCUUGGUGAGGUUGGGUGGCUUGUAACUUAAGCUAAAUUAUGAUCCUGCUUAUACCCAUCCUAUCCCCUAUCCUGCCUUCAAAUGGAGCAUAUCCCGGCCUUGUCUUCCUAUUUUCAUCCCAUAUUUUGCCUUUAAAAUUUCUGGUAUCCCACAUCCCACCUUGAAUUUAAGCCUCAUCCUGCAUCCCUCCAAACCUGUGUUGGACCCUUGUUUUAGUUUGGUUGGGUUGGCUUGGUCUUUUGCAUGUAUGUGUUCCUCUGGGGAAGGAACUAAUUAGGGUAAUUUGGCUGAUCAACUUUAACAACUGGUAGCACACCAGGUUAGAAUGGUUGAAAAAGUAGGGGUUUCUAUCACUGGCCAUCAUUUUUGUUAGCUUGUGUCACUCAAAUGUGGGCUUUAGUUGCUCACUUUGAUGCUCACCAUAAAAAAUACCCAAAUGAUGAGUUACAUGAGUGAAAGGAAAAGGAGCUUGUAAGUGUGUGAAUGAAAAAAAGAAUUAUGAAUCAGACUACAAGAUGGAAAGUGGCCACUAUGUUGUCUCUUGUCAUCUUGUGAUUGUGUAUAAGGGUGAAUGACACACUGCAUUUAAGUUGAAAAAGUUUUCAAUAAGGGGAUUGUUUAUUUUUCUACUUGGAGAUUAAAAGUGCUCUAACCUGGUUUAUUUUUGUCUAAAAUGUCUACUUUUUUCUGCCAUGAUGAUGAACCACAACUUUUUCUUGAUAUUCAUGGUCACCUGGUGUCUUAGUCACCUUUAUGUUUUAGAUUAAGUUGAGAUUGAUAUUUUCAUUUGGAAAAUUUAAAUUUAAGUACCCACAAUUCUUGACUUUUGUUUAAUUUUAUGCCAGAAAUUGGACAAGACUUUCUCCCCUCCCCUUGGCUACCUUUUACAUACUUUGUAGCCAUAGGGUAAUGGAAAAGUUGAGGCAUGAAAGAAAAUCCAAAAAAAGUUUCAGCUUGAAACAAGAAUUCUUUCAAUGCUGCACAUGUAUGUACUAGUCAGUGUUACUAUGGAGUAGGUCACCUUCCUCAAUGUGUCACUGUCUCUGGUACUCACUCUUUGGCUGAGUUUUCCAUGUAAAUUGGACCAAGUAUUUGGUACCUUAUUUUGGUGAACUGUAGCAAAUAAAAGUCAAAGCUAUUGAAUUUGUCUGUCAUGAUUCCCUAUGGCCUCUCCAUGCUGACAAUGUUUUCUCUUCAAAGCAACUCUCUAAACUGUGCCUUACCAUGUUGCUCUGUAAAAGUUACAUCAAAUGAAAAUAGCAGGUAAUAAUACAACACUAUUUGUGUCAAAAUUAGAUGUAAUUACUGUUUUGUUUGUAGAAUCCGGUAAUAACCCACUUCUAGAGCCUCUGCUUGGCAGAAGAUUACCACUGCUGAAGUCAUUCAAAAGCUUCUACACAGUUUCAUCUCAGUCAGCAGUAGUGGUCUUUAUUUCAUGGACAUUUUCAUUUACAUGGAACAUCUUAGAGAUCUUAAAGGAUCCUAGUCAACCACAAGAUAUUGCGCACUAAGCCCGCCAUUUUCAAUGCCUCCUAAAUUUGUGAAAUUUCAAUUGUGGUCCAUCAUCCAAGUGCAUCCUAGCAGUCUAGUUAUAUUGAGGUCUUACAUUGUUGUGGUAGUCUUCUGAAAUUAUCAUUGGUUUAUCCAGGGUAAUUAUUUUAAUAGUUCAUGGAAAUUUUAUGGACUUUUGUUGAAUUACAGUUAAGUUGCCAACGGUUCAACUCGCCAACACCAACUUGCCGACGUAUAAAAUCCAGAUGAGAUGUAGGCAAGUUGGUCUUCAAUCCAGUACAACUUAUUAAAAGUUAAACAUACAGAAAUGUAAAAGAUAUUUAGUGAACGAGUUAUAAUUCGUGUCUGAAGCUUUUAUAUUCAUUGGCGAUGUUUACCUUGCUUUAUUCACCAUGAGAUCCUUAUAAACUUUGUUGGAAGAAAACAAAAUUGUUUUUUCACUAAAUAUCUUUUACUUUUCUAUAUGUCUAUCUUCUAAUAAGUUGUACUGGAUUGAAGACCAACUCGCCAACGUCUCUGCUCGAUUUUAUGUGUAGGUGAGUUGGCGUUGGUGAGUUGAACCGUCGGCGAGUUGACUGGAUACCCUUUUGUUUUUGCAAAAGCCCAUGUGAAGACAUUGGCAGGUGAUUUCAAAAAUUAUUUUCUCGCAUGUCAUAUCAUACAUUUUAGAUUUUACAAGAUUUAUCCAGGGUUAAUUUCACCUAUUUUUCAUUUAUCUUCACAAUCAGUUGUGUUCAGAAUGUCUUAAUUCCUCACGCGAACCAUUAUUGUUCAGUUUCUUGGUUGCUUGCUGUCCUCCUUUGUUGAUGUUUCUUUAAUUCAUCUUUCAAAUUCCUAGUUUCAUCACUUCUCUUUAUCUCUAUUUCCAAUCUAUUUUGGGUUCUCUCCAUUCACAAUAUUUUCUAGUACUCUUCAAAUACAAUCUUGUAAUAAUCCAACUCUCUCUCCAUUCAACUGAUAUCCUUAUUAUCAAGGUUAUAUAUUGCUUGAUUAAUGUCAAAGUGAAACCAUUUUUGCUCUCCCAUGUGUGAUGUAAUGACUUUGAUUGAGUCUGGAAUUUUUUCAGACUGUUUUAAUUCUCAUGGUUAUUUCCUCAGAGGAUGACUGGGUUGAAAGGGCAAAGAGCAAAACCUGAAGUCUUAAGGCUAAUGAAAGGGAAUUGAGUAGCUCAAGAGUCAUGAUUAUUUUGAAUUGUGAGAUGGUUAAAGAAGAAUUAUUCAAUGAAAAUGUUGAACUUCUGAAUCCUCAUUUCUAAAGCAACAUAAUUGUAAAUCUUGAAGCAUCUAAUGAAUCUGAAGAAUUUGACACUUCAAGAAAGAAUUCAAAAUUUUAAUCAAAGAGGAAGCAAUUGGAGAUUUCAAUGAGUGACAUCUCUUGACAUCCAUCUUGUGGAAUACAGACUGUUGAACAGCAACUCUUACAUUGAAAUCCCAGAAUUCAUUCAAAGUAAGAGAGCAGUUUAGAACAUUAAAAAUGCAAAUAAUCAGUGUUUUAAGUGGUGCAUAACAAGAGCGUGUAACGUGGUUGAGAAAGAUCCUCAAAGGAUCACAAAAGUCCUUAAAGCACAAUCGAGAAGCUUGACUGGAGUGGUAUCAAUUUCCUUGUUGAGCUUGACAAGAUAUGCAAGUUUGAAAAGCAGAAUGAAAACAUUGUAGUAAACAUUCUUGGUUAUGAAAGAGCCUCUUGGAGGUCUGGCGGAAGGUUUGAUUUUUAUCCAUUGAGGAUCAGUAAAAAGGAAAAUAGGAAGCAUGUGAUAAACCUUCUUCUUACAGGUGCUAGGCAGCCAGACCCCCUGUGCAACCCUGGCUAGAGGAGCUAGCAGGUGAAAAGAAGCACUACUUCCUGAUAAACAACAUGAGCAGGCCACUAUGGAGUCAAGUCUCAAGGCAUAAGAAAGGGAAAUAAUAUUGCCUCAGGUGUCUGAGCCACUUCUCAAGCAAAGAAAAGCUUGCAAUCCACAAAGAGUAUUGCUCAAGAAAUAAUGCAGUCAGGAUCGAGAUGCCAGAUAAGAUAUUGUAAUCAAAUUCAAGAAUCAUAACCGCCCAAUAAGAGUACCCUUUGUGGUUAAUGCUGACUUUGAGGCUUAUACUAAACCAAUAAGUGGUUGUGAGCAAUAGAGUGAUUAUAGUUUUAGAAAUAAACACCAGAAGCACAAACCACAUGGGUUUGCCUAUCACAUUGUUUACUUCGAUGAUAAGCUUUAUUCACAAGGGCCAGUGAUCUACAGACCAAAGAGUGAGAGCGAAGAUGUUGCUCAGAUCUUCAUUGAAGUGCUUAAGGAGAACAUCAAGAAUAUUCAUAAGGAAUUUGAUUUUGCCAAGAAGAUGAUCUUCACUUGUAAGGAUGGGCUAAAGUUCAAAAAAGCAAAGCAAAGCUGGAUUUGCAAAGGUUCAUUUGACAAGGACUGCUCUGCUGCCCAGCCAAAGGCGGACAAAGUGUGGGACCACUGCCAUUUCACAGGGAAGUCAAGGAUAUGAAGAUCAUUUUCAGGGAUUAUGCGGCUGAGUUGAUGAAAGAUGAGCAGAAGGAAUUGAUCACAAAGCUCAAGAGUAAGAAGUACUCACAUCUCAUAUUCACAUGUCGCUAUCCUUAUUGCAUUGAUCUUGAACUUUCAUGAAAAUAUUUUUAUUUCUUAACUAAAAUGGAGAUGAUUGACAUGGAAAAAGAUGCUGUUAAUAAUGUUCUGAACAUUCUAACAGCUGAACCAGGAAGUGAUUCUGAACAUUGUGACCAGCUCACUGUUGUUAUUGCAAGUGGAAAAGCGAAGGAAAUGAUUGGUGUAUCUCUCACCCAGGAUCAAGUCAAGAAGCUUUCUGAACAAGAUGUUGAGAAGUACUUCAAGAGAUUUGAAGCUUCAUUGUCUUCAAAGACUCAUGAUGCAAUGGUGAUACAUUUGUUCAGUUCUCAUGUUCAGCAUUGGCUCAUUUUUUCCUUGUUGAUGAAGGGAAACUUCUGAAGGACUCGAAUGACAACUUUAUGCUAAAGAGAGAACUCAGAAUGAUUGUGAGAGGAUUGAGUCUUAAGUUUGAAAGGUACAUGACAGUCGCAAGUGCUGUUCUUCUUGCUGUCAAAAACAUUGAGCUACCUUUGGUUAAUGAUAAGGGAAAGGAUAGUAUUUGUGGAGAAACUGAAUAUGUUCUUAUCAAGUACUUGUCUAAGAACUUGUUUAAGAACUUGUGUAAGUACUUGAAUAAGUAUUUCUUAUCAAGUACUUGUCUAAGAACUUGUUUAAGAACUUGUGUAAGUACUUGAAUAAGUAUUUAAAUAAGUACUUGAAUAAGAACUUGAAUGAGAACUUUAAAAUUAUACAUCAACAAAUAGAAUGAAUGGCAAAGAACCCAAGACUAAAGAAGCACCAACUAGCCUUUGGCCAGAGCUCACAGAGGCUCAACAGGUGACUUCAACUAAUAAAAACAAGAUGAAACCAAAUAAAGUUGCAGGGCAUGUCGCAGCUGGCAAAAACUUGCUGAAUACAACAGAAGAGUGAGAGAGGGAAAGAAGAAGAAAAGAGGUUCAAAACAACCUGAAGAUUGGAAGGAUCAAAGCCUUAAAGAGGCAAGCACCACAGGUGUAGGAUUACAACCAGAAACAUCAUCAUCACUCUCACGCAUUCAAAUUCUUUCAGUAGCAAGUGCAGUUUUCUCACUAGCUGGACUGUACUAUAAAAGGAAAGAGUUGGUGGCUCUCAUUAAUAAACCACAACCACAGCCUCAAGCACAGCAACGUGAAAUGCAGCGAAACACACAACCACAGAUUGCCUCUUGGAGGCCCACCCCCUACAGGCCUGUUUACCAAAAGUGUCUGAUAGUAAGCUUGUGAGCCUCAGCUACAUUGACUGGAUUGGCUGCUGGAACUGUAUGGGUUGCAAAGAAAGUUAUCAAGCAACCAGUGACUUCUGAUUCAAGCUCAAAUUUCAUGAAUUAUGUUAAAUUCACUGUUGUGAUGGCUGCAACAAAAAGAUAUUACUUAAAAGUACUCAAUUAACAUUUCAUUUUUUUUUCCAAUAUGGUUUGCAACAUCCAUUAUUUUUUCAGAAACUUUAUUUAAAUUGCUACUGGUUUGAUGAAAGAAUUUGUCAAAUCAGUAACACACUGUAGUAUUGUAAAUCAUGAGGGAAACUUGAUACCAGCAGGGUGCCCUUGAAUGAUCCUUCCGUGAUAAAAUCAAACAAGUGUUGUUAUGCACAUACACAGGGCUAAAUUGGUAGACCUUUCUUAAAACCUUACUUUGUGUAUAAGUUCUGCUGUAUCAAAUUUUUUGAUAACAGAAAUAUAUGUCCAUAUAUUUGGAGAAUUUUAGGGGCACAAAUUCAAAGUGUUCUUUCAAACUAAUCUUUCCUCAGGUCAACCAGCCUCUGCACUUAAAUCUCAGCUCAGAGAAAAAGGUAGGUAUUAAGUUCAUUAAUGGUAAGCCAUAAAUAAGCUUAUUUACCUUCUCCAGAAACUUUUUUUUUAAGUCAUGGAAACUAUGUUUCUCUGAAUGGUUUCUCAUGUACACCACAAAAAAAAUGGGCAUAUGGAAAACCAGAAUUGCUGCAGUAGAAAGGAAACUGGAAACAGAACCAAAACUGGGGUAAAUUGGGAAACACUUCAAGAUUCUCCAGGCUGUCAGCACUUUCACCUGCUACAAGUUUCUGAAGUGCUGAUGACUUUGAUAAGGCACAGCAGUUAAAGACUUGUCAUGAGCUGAAAUGAAAUCUAAGUUCACCUUGUUUUCAUAAGUACCAUGAAAGAUUGAUAUAAAGUAAAUGCAAGGGGAACAGAUGCUAACAAUCAUAUGUAAUUUCUUGCUGAAUGGCCUUUAGGCUGUCAUGUUUAAAACUCAUAAAUAAUGGAGGAAGACAGGCUGGUCUCUAAUUAUAAUCAGUAGAUGGUGAGGGUUGGGGUCUCAAACAGAGAAAAAAACAUUGUUAGGAUAAUUUUUACCCAUGUGCAAAACCUCUAACCUGUGUAGUACUUAGGCCUUACUUCAUUAUCAUCAUCUUUAUCAUCCAUAAAAUUAUCAUAAUGGUUAUUAUCAUCAAUUAAAUAAUUAUCUUGAAUCAUCACAGCUUCUGAGGUAAACCACCUGAAAAUGGAAGUUGAAACCUUAACAGUUGCCUGUAAGGAAAAAGAUAAAAAAUUUCAAGAACUUCAGCAAACUCUUGUGAAAUUCAAGAGAGUAAGUACCUGUUUAAAUCACAAACUAUUCUAUGAAAUAAUGCAGUUGCAGACACAUUUUGAUAGUUUGUCAAGUGUUGGGAUUGUUUCUAGUGGUGACUGACCUUUACACAACCUGAGUAUGAGUCAUCAUCAAAGUCAAGUAAGGAGUCCAUUAAAUGCCAUUUGAGUGUUUUAAGUCUGGUUUGGAAAGACUGAAUGAUCAGUUUUGCUAUGAUGGAAUUAGUAGUAAGGCUAUAACUCAAUGUACAUUGGUUAUUGGUUAGUGAAGAACUGUAGCUAACAUGCUUCUUUUUGGUCUGUGGUUAUGUUGCUAAUGUUGGGAAUAAAAUAUUUGUAUGGAGCUAAUAGUCUAUGACAUCUGUCUAGAAUAGUCUGUACCAGGAUUUUACAGCUUUGUAAGGCAGUUUUUAAAAUCACUGCAGGUAGUUCCAUAGGGUAAGAAGUGAGAAGAGACAAUUUUAUCAACUGUUAAUUUCCUGGUUCAAAUCAUUAACAGCUGUAGUGUGUCCCUCAAUUGACAUCUUACUGUCUUGUUAGAAACUGCACCAUUGUUCGAAGGAAGGGUUUGCAUGAAAGAUGAAAAAAUAAUUACAAUACCACUCACAUGUACUGUGCAUUACACAUGCUUGACAUGGGACUGUGCAGUGCUGCAGUAAAUGUGAGCAGUACUGUAUGAUUAGUUAGACAGGAGUUGUUCUCUGAGUACAUUGCAAGACCACUGUACAUGCUCAGCUCCUAUUCACCUCACAAAUUAGUUUACUUAUCAAUUAAGACUGUUAUGUAAGUAAGUACAGUAGACAGAUAUAAGGUAAAGUGUACAUGCAAGAGCCAAUCAAAUGAAAUACUAGAAACUUUGUUUUAAAAUCAGUAUGCCUUUAUGCUAUUAUGAAACUUUGAAAAGUGGAGUCUUUUUCUAUCCUGAUUUGGAUUGUGAGGCAGUGAAACUCAAAGAGUGAAGAUUGCUUGUUGGAUGAGUCAUUAUAUUUCUCAUUUUCAUUGUAAUGAAUUUCAAAUUGAAGAUGAAUAUUGUCAAUGCCUGAACAACAACAAUGAAAUGGUUAUUUGGGUGGUAGAUUGAAGAAAUGCUGAUGAAAGCAAAUGAAUCAAAGGAGUUGGAUAGUAGUCCAGUUGUUUCAUUGGAUGGUAUUGACAGCAGUAGCAUACAAAGUGCUGACAUGGUAACAACAACCAGCAGUACCAGCAGUCCAGAGCCAUAUGUUACCACUCCAAGACAGAGUCGAGCAUUGUUCACAGGUUAUUUUAUUAUAGAGUGUACUUACUGAUAUGGAUUAGUAGUCCACACACCCAUUACAUUCAAUUUCAUUUUUUUUUACUAGGUUUGUCAAUUCAAAGAUAAGUUAGAACUUAAAAGUGUACAUAGAAGUAUUUUGUUGCACAGUGAUAAUUAUUGUACAUGUUAUUGAAGGAGAUGUAGGUCCACAUUCAAAUUAUGUCAAUCAUCUCAGAGACCAACUUCUCAUUAUUCUAUUGUUAAUCAUUAUACAUUUGUUUCUAUGUUAUUAUUUAGAGAAAAAAAAAGUUUUCUCUUUUGUUACUCUAUUUGCAAACAGUAGCUGGUUAAGCACAUGACAAUAUCAUGAAUUCAGAUUAUAUUAUAAUUUUAAUUUGUUUUGUUCCAGAAUCAUACACCCAAGCUGUAAACAAUCCAGUGACACCUAGCUUAAGAGCACUAAAGACAGAAACACCUCCAGCUAGUCCUGCAAAUAGGAAAAGGCAUGGAAUUAGGGCAUCAUUUGGCAAAGGACUGAUGAAGUUAAGAGGUCCUAAAAGCUCAAGUGAACCUAACUUAGGUAAUAUUGUUUUCAGUUAAGUGAAGGUAAAUUCAUGAUAAAACUACUAGAAUUUGUAAGUUAACUGUGUGGAUAUGUGUACAUUUGCUUUUUAUUGUACAUGUGAUUAUAAGACAGUGGUAAAAGGUGUUUUUUAUCAAAUUUUACCAUUUUGUAUACUAAUAAAAUUACUUUUCCUUACAGCUGCAACAGAAUGUGAAGGAAACAAGUAUUCACAAGUUAAGGUACAUCAUAUUUUUUACAUGUACAAUUGGUUCUUUUAAUUACUUCAUCCAGAUCCUUUUUUUUAAAAUAAAAUUUCAUACAUAGAUGGUCAUCCUCCUUACUUAAACUACAUGUACCCUCAGAACUCUCAUAGGUUGACAAUCUUAAGGUCACUAGAAAGUGAGUGCUCUAAAAUGAGUGUUUAAUUUGUGAUUGCUUAAAUUUAAGCCAUGUUUCAGCCAAGAUUGUAGUAAAUCUAAAAACUACAGAAAGUUAAUUUAACAACAUUUUUCAGAUAUCAAGAGGAAGAAAGAUGAAUAUGUGUCAAUCUAAGAAAUAAGGCUUUUCCAAGAAUUUAAGAUUUACUUAGAAGCUUGCCUUUUCUGACUUUGAAGGUACACUGUUGUUUGCUCAAGCCUAUCCUUGUUUACUCUCUUCAACCUAAAAGACCUUUUUCAGAAGGAUGAAGUUGUGCCGUUUUUUGCCAGUCAUUAGAGAUGUCUCUAUGUAGAAUGGAGAAAUAAGUAUUCUUUUAGUUACUACAAGCCAGUGGUUAUUUUCUUCAGAUGUAACAAGGGCCUGAAGUCUAUAUUAAUAAUCUGUUUUCACUACUGCUUAGGUAGUGUUCAUUACUGGGAAGAUCACUUUCAUAUUCAUUUCUUAAUCUGGGUUUACUACAAAGUAACAUAACACCCAGCAACCAGUUAGCAUGUCAGCUUAAUUGGUAGAGCAUGGCAGUGGUAUUGCAGAGGUCAUGGGUUCAAGCCUUAUUUUAACAACUGCUUUAAGGGGUGUUUAUUACUGCAAAGAUUGUUUUCAUUUUCAUAAACAGUCAUAUUCAACAUACAGUCAUGCAUAUCAUGAUGAUUUAAUUCUCAUUGGGAAUUCCUGCUUAAAGAUAUGACAUUAUGCUAGUAUCAGAGGAAAAAAAAGUCAGUCACUUCUGUGCACUCCCAGAAAGGCUUGGAGAACUCCUCUGUCAUUAUCGACUUGAGUCUUUCAAGGUCUUGUAAUACCCAAACUCAGUUGACAGUUAUAUGACUCCUGUUAUGUUAUACCCAUGUUCAUGUAAAUAUGAUUGCAUUUUGUUUCAUACUAUUGAAGGAAACCUCCAGAGAACAGGGAAACAUCAACUACCAGAAUCAUGAUGAAGAAAAGAAAACAAGCUUUAGUAAAUUUGGAAAAGCAAUUACUAAGUAAGCAUCAGCACAUGCAUUCUUCCUUACUGUUAUUUUCAGAAAGAUCUGAGUAAAGUUCCUUUUCAUGCUUCAUAAGUUUUUGAUGAUGUGGACAAUGUCUACUGGUGCCAGGAGAUGUUAUACAAGUAGGUGUGAGAUGACCAUUCGCAGUGAAUGAGAUAUUUCAAUUGACAAUCUUUAGAAGAAUUGAAGUUUAUCACUCUGGAAAAUUUGGAGAGGAAUGGUAGAAUGAAAUUGGCCAAAGAAAAAUUUAAUAGAUCACUAAAUCAGAGUGACUGGUAGAACUACCGUCUUAUGUGAAACAAAAUAGUUAGCAUGAGAAGAAAUCUAUAUGCAAAUAUUUGAGAAGCUGUGUUGGGAAAAAUAUACAGAUCAAAAGAUGUUUUAGCACACCAUAAAGCCUUAUGUUAACUCUCAAAAGACUGUAGACAAUAGUGGAAUCACAUGAAAGGAGGGCGAUAAAAUCAUCAAGAAUCCUCAAGAUGUAAUGAAACAUUAAACAAUUUUUUCACAAGUUUUACUCAAAGUACGAAAUAACAAAAUCAAAAUUAUCAUCUAGCAGAUUGCUCAUAUCAAAAAACCUAGCAAACAGGCUAAAUUUGUUGCUAAGCAAUACAAAUCCAACAGAAGUUCUCAAGGUAAUGAGGAAACUUGAAGCAAACGUCCUUUCAAAAAGUAAUAUGAUCAACUUUCAGCUUAAGAUCAUGGAGAUGUGUUCAUCGAAAUUGUGGAAUACUAUAUUAGACAUGUCUUGGAGGGUUCAAACAUACACUACUUUUAAAAACAACUAAAAAAAAAUCAAAUCUCACAGGACACUGAGUGCGAUGUGGGUCUAUUCUUAAUCAAUUUUUACCAUUUUUAUAAUGUUCAUAUUUUUCUACAUUUUUAAACUUAGGCUGACAAAACAUUGUUGAAGUUUUAUAUUUUAAUAUUAGUUAGUUUUUAAUCUUAACUUAGCUUUAAUUUAUACACCCUCAAAAGGCUUUUGUUUUUUCCUUUAUUUCUCUCUCUUUUUUUUUUGGAGGCCUACCUGCAAACUAGCUCUUUUGCUAAGUGUACUGACUACGUUUAAUACAUUUACAUGAUUGAUGUAUUGGUUGAUUGUUUUCUCAUUGGCUUCCUCUUGCACAAAGAUAGUCUCCUUUGUUGUGGAUUAGAGAAAUAAUUUGCUGAAAAUUACCAACAACUUCAUUUGUACCCAACAUUAACUUACAGGAUACAAAAAUAAUAUAUUACAUAAAAAUGGAGAGUGUUCAAGCUGCCCAUAAUAACCAUUAAGGGCUUAAAAGAUAGGGCAGCCUUACUUAAGUUUUAUAUAACUUAUUGUAGUAAAAAGGGCAGAGUCAGCAUUGGUCUCCCAUAGCUUUAGAAAAUUGUUUUGUGAAAUACAAUUUUUUGUUUUUGUUUUAAUUGUUUUAAAUUGUUCCUGUGCAUUAGAGCUUAAUGCUUGUACAUUCAGUCUGUUAUUUUUGUGAGAUAUACAACAAAGUGUCCCUAAAAGAGUCUCCUUAACUUAUAAUGAUUUUGAUUCAACUGUGAUUUUCUCUUACCACUGAGUUUAUCCUAGAAAAGUAACCUUUUAUUUUAUUGUAGGCUACGAAGGACAAAAUCCCUGGGGAUGAACCCUGCUGACAGGCUGGCUGUUGUAGAGCCUGUUGAUCUGAAGAGUUACACAGGCUUCAGUCACAGUGAUUAUGGGUAAAGCAUGUGAACUCACUACUUGCUGUGCAUCAUAAUCUCAGUGUUUACAAAUGAUAUAUGUUAGUUGCAAAAUUGCCUUUUUAACUCUUAAUUAUUGAUAAUGUAAAUUGGCCACUGUUAAAAACUUAAGUGUUGGGCCUUUGUCAUUUGCUUUGGGAUUAAAGAGAUAAGGUGAAUUUCUCACUGGAAUUGUAGGAUUUAGAAAAGAAUAGACUGUCUGGUUCACUUACAGUAAUCAUUGUAUCCGUGUGGAAGCUAUCUUAGAUGAUGUGUCAUUGUUGUUAGUUUUAACUGCUUGUUUUCUAUUUUACUCAUUCUUGUAUGUUAGUGCAUUGCUUUCUAUGUUAUGAAUAUAUGUGGAUGUGAUGACAUGUUAUGAAAUAACACUUAAGCAGCUCAGUUUGUGUAAGCUGUGUAAUCUACAGUGGUAGAGGGGUUGUGCAUUUAUUUGUGAUUAGGUGAUACAGGUGCAAAGUAGAGUAUGAAUAUUAAAUGCACUGGGUAUUUCAUAUUAUGAUAGACAUCCUGUAUGGUUUCAAAGUUAAGUAGAGGGAAAUAUUCACAAUAAAAACAUCCAACUUCCAAAGGGUGUAGAAAAACAACCAAGGCGCAUCUGGGAGAUUGCUGGUAUUGUUGAUUUGAGAGAAAACAUUUCUGAUGUUUACUGUGUGGCUUCAGUUAUUGAAGUUAAUUAGGAAAACCAGCUUUUUCUUUUCAUAUGGACCCAAGAAAGAAAUUUUAAAGAUAUGGUUGUUUUCCAUAACUAUAAAGCUUUUUUUUUGUAAGAAAAUGUAUUUGUUAAUGGGUUUAUCCUUUCUCCAAAUGAUCUUUAUAUAUUGUUUUAAUUUCACAUUAUUUGAAGGAAAGAAAUACAAAAUUACAAAAAAAAAGGAAAUAAAUAAAACAAAUACACAAACAUAGAAACAGAGGUUACUCUCUAUUUAUCAUAUUUCAAAAAUAAAAUGUAGGUGACUCAAUUAAGUGUUGCAUGAGGAAAAAUACAUAGUGAAGGAAAGAAAAAGUAAACAAAUACACAAACAUAGAAACGAAAAAUUUCAAGCUACUUUGAUUAAGCAAAAGGCAAAUAUGUGCUUACAAAAGUUGGAAGAGACUUUUUUUUUGGUAUAUGUUGAUAAUCCACCCAUCUUGAUAAGACAAAAGGAUACUAUGUAAUGAAAUAUCUAAUGAUUGUCAACUGUUAGUUUGAGGUUGUCAGUUUUUGUUCUUUUCAAAGGAAAAUAAGUCAAAGCUUUGCUUAAGGGUGUAUCCUUUCAUCAACAUAUUUGACCAGAAGAAUUUAUAAUAAAUAUCAAUAAGUAUUUGUUACAUCAUGGUAAGAGAUGGAUAUGAUUCAUGUCUCUAGUGACCAAUUAGAGCUUCCAUUUAGUCAGUGGAGUAGACAAAUGGUGCUAAGUUGGCUUGAUGACCUUGGCCUAGGACACUAUUCAGUGCAAUGUGGAAGAGUGAUAACAUGUGGUCAGGACCUGCUUAAAGCAUCACCAGCUCAGCUUGAGAAAGACAUGGGAUUGAAGAAUCCACUCCAUAGGAAAAAACUACAGUUAGCACUUCAGGUAAAUUGAUUAUCCUCUGGUUAUUAAAAACAUCCAUGGUAGAAGGGACUGGUAAUAAUAAUGGCAAGCAUAGGGAAAUAACGAUAAUAGUAUAAUAAUAAUUUCUGUUAGUACACCUGCAGCACAUACACCAAAGUUUGAAAUAAAAUUACUAUCUUCAGUAUCUUCAAUGUAAAUGUAAAAUUCAUUAGGUUAUUGAUUCAAGUCACACAUUGAUGAUUUAUCAGCAUUUUGGGCUCUUUACUUUAAGUCACCCUUUCUCUUCUCCAAACUGACUGUACUUAAGUGAUAUCUGUGCUGACUAGAUUGUGUGUUGCUUGUUGCAUCUGUUUAGGCAUUAGUUUCAGAUGGAGCUGAUGUGAUGGGGAGGCUGAGUAACCACUGGGUGCUAGGUACAGUACAACUACAACAAGUACAUGAACACAAAUUUAGUACAAAGUUAAAUAUCUUUACCAAUGUGUUUUUAUUCAUUUUAAUCCUUAAACAAAAGGGAAAAUUAGUUGUAUAGUAUGAUCAUUAGCCAGUCUGAAGAAUUGAACACCCCACAAUAUUUUCAGAUAAUAAAUGCAACUUCUAACAGGUAAUGCUUUAUAAAAUCUGUAAUUUUAACUUGGAUAAUGAAAAAAAAAUGUACACUUCCAAAGCACUAUAACUGGUUAGCUGGUCCUUAACAACUGUUUUUUUCAUUGUGUUAUGUCAGGUUGGCUAGAUGACAUUGGCUUGCCACAGUAUAAAGACUCCUUUAGUGAGGGUUCCGUUGAUGGCCAUAUGCUAAACUAUCUCACAUAUGUAAGUAAUGAUAUCCUGUUAGAGGUAGUAUCAUGUUAGCACUAUGAAUUGCGGGUAGCAGGCCAUUGAACUAAUAUCUAGCUGACAUCCAGGAUUUGAAUAUGAUGGGAUGCUUUGCAUUUUUUUAAAAAAUGUACAUUUGAAUACUUAGAACAGAAUUCCAAUUUAAGAGAGGAUGUCAGCAUCCAUCCAACAAAUUUGAAUACUGUGGCAAGUCGCCCUAAAUUCGUUCUCUCUCCAACUUUCAUAUUUAGUAGCCCAAUAUGUCCUAAUAAUUGUGGUGUAGUUUUUUUGUGAAAAUAUAUUUUCACAAAAUAGUUAUAGUUUUCGAGAAAUGAUAUUUUUCGUUCGACCUCUCAAAUAUGCAAAUUUUCACCCUGAAUAUUACCUGAGUUGUGUGACCUCAUGUAACGAAUUACUUGACCUCAGGUAUUUCUGUCGGCAUAAUCCUUUGUUUUAUCAUCUAAACUUAAUCCCCUGUCAUUAUUGAAGCUGGCAAAGAAAUAUUUAUUUUUUGGUGAAUAUUUUUAUCCGACAUACUUUUUCUAUGUUGAAAAGUAGCAUCAAAACAGACAGUUUUAACAAUGACCAAUAUGACAGAAUCUACUGAACUUCUGGCUUUUAAAGGACAAAAGGAUGGUUAUAAAGUUACUGUAAAAAUUUCCUUGUGUAUUUGUGUUGUUCUAUCGUGAGAUGAACUCAAAGUCCGGCAACAUUUACAUGCUAGCGACUAUGAAAUAUACAUGGUGUGCCUACUUGUCGCCACCGUUUACUGGCAUUGACUUGCAAUGACAGGGGAUUAAGUUUAGAUGAUAAAACAAAGGAUUAUGCCGACAUAAAUACCGGAGGUCGAGUAAAUUCGUUACACGAGAUCACACAACUCGGGCAAUAUUCAGAAUGAAAAUUUGCAUAUUUGAGCGGUCGAACGAAAAAACUCAUUUCUCAAAAACUAAAGUAAUUUUCACAAAAAAACCACACCACAAUUAGGACAUGUUGGGCUACAAAAUAUGAAAGUAGGAGAGAAAACGAAUUAGGGCGACUUGCCGCUGUUUGUCUGAUGUAUGUUGACAUUAGCUCUUAAGUCCUUGGCAGCUAUUUUUAGGUAAGUAUUUUCUAAUGAAAUUUAUGGACAGAUUGCAUUCAAUGUCUUUGGUGUAUUGAAUAUCUUUUUAUUUUUAGAAUACUUUAAGUUACCUUUUGUAGCAUAUGUCUUGUUUUUGCUGUUCAGAGUGACUUGCUACACCUCAAAGUGCACAACACACUUCACCACAUCACUUUAAAGAGAGCGAUACAGUGCCUCAGGUGAUGAUUGUACAUUUUGUUAAUUCUAUGAUUAAUUUUGUUCAGUACAGCGCCAGGGGCCCUAACUGAUAUCUCCUAUACCGGCAAUUGCAGUGUUUCUUGUCACUCCUGGUUUAUAUGUUUAUCACGUACUGUAAGGACUGUUAAAUUAUUCUGAUUAAUAUUAACCAAUGUGAACAGUAGUGUGAAAUUAUGAUUAGUUUUUACCGAAUUUAUUUCAUUAAAGGCAUCUACGCAUUUAUGAAUCAAACUCGUUCCGGCAAAUUAGAUAGAUAAAAACGAAAAGAAAUGCUCACUGGAAUUUUCUUGAUACCAUUGCAACAAAUUAUGGUGGGUACAUCAGGUUUCAUUAGAUGGAUAAGCAAGUACCAUCCAUUGACCUGUUUUUGAUUAAAGCCCCACUUAGCGUUAUCCUGUGUGUUUUUAGUUGUCUUUAUUCCUCCUAUCAGAUCCAACGUCUCUCUAUGCACUGCUUGUUGUUCAGUGCUUCUAUUUGUUGUUGUUGGUUUAUUUUAACGGGGAAUUCAAGUACAAUUACAGAGGGAGAUAUAGUCUGCCUUAAAGAUAAACGUCAUGAAUUAACAGGCCGUUCUCAGUAACAGUAAGAAUUCGAUAAGUGGAAUCACAUUCACGCAUUUGUUCUGGGUAUAGUGUCAUUGAAAUUGAAAGCACAUGAUAACCUGUGUUUUCUUUUUCCUUAUUAUUUAGUUUUCACCUAUCUUGAAUAAUAAAGCGGGCUAUGUAUACAUUUAAUGCAUUUAAAGUUUCUGUAACUAAAACAAUAGUCGACUAUCAUCUUCCUUGCUAUUUUGGAACAGGUUACACAAUUUCCAUCCAAACUGUCUCAAGAGGCAUCCUGUGGAUGAGGUCAGUUCCAUACAUUGCUAAACUUUACUGGCUGUAGCGUGCAACGUCAGUGGCAUUGAAAUAUCUUGGCUUUCUUUUAAUUAAAUUUCUUGCGUAAGAAUUCCUGACAAUUGUGAGUGUCAGCACUGUAACAAUGCUUAGUUUUAUUUGCAAACUUUGAUACUAAUGCCCUAUUUUGCUGUAUUAAUCAGUCAUGGUUUAAAGGUGCUGAUGUACUAUUAUGGACCAACAGUCGAGUCACAGAAUGGUUGCGCUUGGUCGAUUUAGCGGAGUAUGCACCCAAUCUCCGAGGAAGUGGUGUACAUGGAUCACUGAUGGUAAAGAUAUGCAUUCUAUGAAUAAUAAUACAGUAAAUGGUUUGACCUGGGGGUAACCCGGACGAUCAAACUACACUAUUACAUGAAUAAUGAUAAUACCAACAGUAAUGAUGAUGGUAGUUAUAAUUAUUAUAUACCUACCGAGAUUUACGCGUCAAAAAGCAUUGAGAUAAAAAUAGUCUCUUCGCGCUAGAGAAGAGGUUGUAAUUGGUCAUACGAUUUUUUCACUAGUGAAAAACGACGUAUCGACGCUCUGAUUGGCUAUAUCAUUAUUUUCACUCGUGAACAAAACCGUGUCGCUCGCUCGCCGCUCCUCUUGACAGACAAGUAACACAUUUUUAAGGGCCUGUUUACAUGAAGGUGGGGGACCCCAGGUAGGUGAGGUAACCCGCCAAGGAGGGGUGACCCGCCUGUCUAUAUAAUUUCUUCUUUUAUUUUGAUCACAUUUACAUGAUAAGUGGGGUGACCCGCCUAGGCGGGUUGCCCGGUCUGCCAGGUAGAGUAACCCUGUCAGCCGGGGUGACGAUUUGCUAUGUAAACGUGUCAAAGUGGGGUAACCCGUCUAGCCGGGGUCGCGUUCAUGGCAAAAAGCUCAAAACAUGUAUGUUUUAAAACUUUGUACAUUUCCUAGCCGUCUCAUAGCACAAAUAACCAGAAAUCGCAACGGACACAAGGAGUGUAAAAUGUUUACAUUUCGGAACAUUUAGCGUCGUAAAUCGACCAUAUUUGGUUUCCCAAACUAUUCCGUAUAACGUAUUAAGUCAACGGUUCCUCGCGAAACCAAACACCGCGUAACACAACGCGUGACGCUUUCAUUAAUAAAUACCUAUGUUCCGAGAAUUAAUCUUUCGUCUUUUUCGAGAUGUGAGCUUGGGAUGCCUCUGCUCAAACUCCUUAAUUGCAAGCGCAACAACAACCUCAAGAAACCUCACUCCAGCACCCCGGGGUUGUAAGAUUGCAUGUAAACGCGUUUUAUUUUUUGACCACGGCUAGGCUUUAAAAGGCGAGACGAGACAAAUGGACGAAUUAACUCCUCAAUAGCUGAACAAGUUUCUUAGCGAGUUCCUUAUAACGGUUCGCAAAAAAGAAGACAACGAGGAAUACGAACCUAAUUCCUUAAGGGCAUUCUUCGUUAGCUUUGAGCGCCAUUUGAAGGAAAAAAACUAUGGACUUUGCCUUACGAAAGACGUCCAGUUCGAGCAAACUCGGGAAGCGCUUCUGUCAAAGCAGAGGGAUCUAAGAAGGAAAGUCUCGGGUUUUCACUUCUGAAUUUCAAAUUUUGAACUUCCGUAUAACUAUUUCAACAUAUUUUCAGGAUGUCUUAUUUUAUUCUAACUAGUUUAUUCUAACCUUUUAACGGCAUUUUUGCUUGAUAAUUUAAAUGUAAAGAAUUUUACAAGGAAGCCAUUUCGGUGCAACUUUCGAACUGUGAGGCGGCCUAACCGCGCGUUGUUUUCCUUUGAAAGAAUGUAAAGAUAUGUUUAUCUUUGAGUUCUGUUCGCUUAUGAAUCUCGGUAUGUAUGUAAUAAAUAAGUUAUUUCACGGUUGGUUCGCUUGUACGAUUUUCAUUCACUUGUUGUGAAUAAAAAUCGUACGCGCUCACCCACCGUGAAAUAACCUACAAUUAUGGUAACAAUGAUAAAAUAUUUUAAGUUGAGAUCUCUCUUUCUCUAAAAUUUACAAAAGUAAAGUACAAUUUAAAUAAAACUGGCCCAAGGCGAAUUAGUUAAUUGUUAUUUUAAAAGUGCCAACAGACCUCACAAAUUAAUAGUUAUUCCCUUUUACAUCGGCAGAGAACAAAAAACGCUGACGCACAAGGUUCAAAUAUUCGAUAUACUCAAAUAGUAACUGAGAAAUAAGAACUUUUUCUUUGUCCCGCGUGACAAGACAAAGAAUAUAUUUCUCAAUACUGAUUAUCUUGGAAAGUAUCUGCAAACUGAGUCGAGUACUUCGAGUGUAAAAUUUAACAAUGUAUCCUUUGUAUGUUGUAAGUUUCAUGUUGAAUGAUUAAUGAUAUUAACUGUCAUGGGUAAAUCACACUUAUGGCUGUGCUGUUAUUAAUGUAGAUACUGGAGCCACGUUUUACUGCAGAGAGCUUGGCAGCAUUACUGUCCAUACCAAGCAGCAAAACACUUCUUCGACGACACUUGGCUACUCAUUUCCAAUCCCUUGUUGGGACUGCAUGUCAUAAAGUGAAGGAAGAGGCAGCGGGUGACCCGUUGUUUCAGCCUCUCAUGCCAGGAAUUAAGCAUAAGGUAUUCACUGAAUCAGUGUGGUGUUUCGUUUAUAUUACAUUUAAAUAAAGAGGUCUUGUUGAAAAUGGAAUGGAUAGUACUACUUUUCAAGGGCUAUAUCAUGCUUGUUUUGAUUCCUCUGGUACAAUUUUUAUAUCCACCAUGGCUACUGAUUGCAUGUGAUUUUUUUUUUCUUAUUUAAUACACUGAAUCCUCUGUACUGGAACACUCUGAGAUUGAGAUACCAGUAUACAGGGUUGGUAGGAUGAAGUAACUGGUUGACUUUUCGUGGUAAAUGUUUCAAUUGUUUUGGGUGGAAAUGGUUGGAAUAGACAUUCCACCUGCGUUGAGGUAGUUAUUAGAAUAAACAAGACUUGCAUCACUUUGGUAGAUUGUCCGAAGAACAUCGUCAUUUAGUGCACUACGAAAGCGUGGGAAGGGGGAUGUAGAACUGGAUGACUAUGUAUGUCCUAUGGACCUAGAGGUUCCUCCAGCUUUGACGACAUUUGUGGUACAGCGAAGUAGACGCUCAGCUGAGCGAAAUGAUGAGUCUGGCUUACAAUCAAGAAUAAAACGUGAUGAAGAUAGGGAAAUUCAGGUUUAUCAUUUUUAUCAUUAAGUGUGUCAUUUAAAGCUAUAUAAUUAUUAACAUGCUACCACAAAAACUCUUAAUAUGUUCUUGUGUCGAAGCAGUUUAAAGAAAAUGAAUAGAAGAGAUUGCUGAAGAAAUGAAUUUAUUUUCUGCCUCCAGAUUAACGUGAAUUACAUGUAUCAAGUUAUUUCUCUUUCAUAUUGACAUUAAAAAAAAGUACAGACACCACGUUCCAGGAAAAAGAACAAAUUGUGGAUUUAUUCAAAGAAAAACCGUUAUGUUUCGCUACAUUCCCAUAUACAAACAAAGACUUCUUUAUAAAAUUAAAAGAUGGAUGCAUGGUUCACAGCUUUGGUAUUAAUUAGUUGUCAUUAAUACUUUUUAGGGUGAUGACCAUGUAACAGGGACAAUAGGAGCUUUCUCUCAGGAGCUUGAUUCACUUACAGUAAGCUGUUGACACUUUUCCUUGAGAUUCACCUAUGAAUUCCAUGUCAUCCUCUUAAGUUUUUAAUGAGUCAAUCGGCACUAAAUUUAAUUUCUUUGAAUAUUACCUGAUUUUGAAAUGGUUAAUUAUGUUGAUAUAUUUUUGUACUUAAUAACUUUGAGCUUACCCGCAAAGUGUUUUUCAUCUUUCCCCGACCAGUCAUGGCAUGAAAGUUUUUCAAUCGUGUCGUUCUUAAUAUAAGUUGUGUUUUUUUCUAGCAUAUGUUGAAAGAGGAAAGGCACAAUACAGAUGAUGGUGCUUAUGAAGUUUAACAGGGUGGUGUAUAACAACUUAUCGUUAACUUUAAGAUAUUUGGCUCUUAUGGUUGUAAAGAACCACAAGAAGUAUUUCUUUUGUGAAGAAGAUUCAAUGUUCCACUUUUAUGGUGUACUUACAGUAAAAUUUAUAAAGAAUUUGAAGCUAAUUACUAAGAUUCUCUAAACGCUGAGGUGUAUUUGGAAUCCUAAACAUUAUGAUUCAAACACCAAUCCAUUCACGGUGACACAUGUCAAGUCUCUAGUGCGGAUUGUUAGACGUAGGGAGUAUUUCAGAACUGCCUCAACUGAUAUGGUUUUGUUUUACUUCGUUUUUCCAGGCAGCAUGCAUUUUGCACACAGCUGUUUCACCACUCAGAUCCCCCGCUUUUUCCUUGCUUCAGUUCACAUCAUUUUACAGUGAGACAUUCCUAUUUGAUUUCACAGUGUUGUGUGCACAUUACAUGUUUUGUCUGUUUGUUUGUAAUUGUUUCAUCCAUUUAGGAAGAUUAAAUGAUAAUUAGUUGAACUGAAACUGCGCCAAGACCUUCCGCUCUUACCAGAAACAAAAUGAAAUUUAAGUUUUCUACCCACUUUGCAUCUAAAUUAUGCUAGUUUUGAAUGUGGAACAGACAUACCAUACUUGAGUAACCCUUAAGAUGUUGCAAGCGAUAAACCUCUAUCUUCGUCAGGUUGAUGUAAUAAGCAAACAAAAGAAUUGUAUGUCAGUGCUAGAAAUUUUUAUAGGCGCAUGAUACUCAAGGUCACAGAUCUAUUAUUUUUCGUUUAUGUACCAUAAAAGUGUUGCAAAUGUUACUUUAACUACAAAGUCUGGCUUGGAAUUAUAAGAUAAAAAAAUUUUUUAUUUAGAAAAUUGAUAUAAUACAAAAAUCGUUGUAAUGCUGGAGUGAAAUGCUCAUUGGUAAUUAGGUCAGAAGAAGCUAUAACGGCUUUAAUGAGUUGCCGUUUUCUCGACUUUUAUGUGCUAGAAUUCCAUUUGCUUUAAGAAUCAGAUUGCCAAUUUUUAAUCAGAUGACUUAAUUAUGACUUCUAUUUUUAUAAUAAAUGUGG